CUUUUUGCACUUCGCUUACUUUUUUAGUAAUUAAGUACCUUAUAAUAGAGUAUUGUCUCUCCAUUUAAGACCAGUUUGUCACACUAAUGUUUUGAAGGCAGUAACUUAAAAACAACGAGCAAGUUUAUAUCCGCUUUGAGUUAGUCGACCUGUUAUAUCUGAGUCGACCGGGGGUAAUUCUGUACAGAUUUCUAAUUCAAACACGGCCGAAAUUAUCAUUUGGAUACAUUCUGGUGGCUACUAGGGGCCGCAUCUAAUGCGGGGUGAUGACCUCGCUGGGAAUUCUCUUGGCCAGAAUUUCACCACGAACGGUUAAUGCGUGCAAGGUAGUUCGGCAUACGGAUCCUUCGCGCUGUGCGAUACAUAAGGCUCUAAACCAAGGAAACGCAACACAUCAGUCUUAAAACCCAGCUCCUCUCCCACCUAGUUGCCCUUUGUUCUCUUCCAGGAUUCGGACAUCGACGUCCAUCACAAAUAUGAAAAUCGCCUCCAGAUCGACCAAGGCCGCCGCAUCUGCGGCUGUUAUUGAGAUCGUGCUAGCAAGACCGGAUCUCUCUCACAGUCAGAAAUGCUGCUAUACUCUGGCAGCAAAUCCUAUAUUGCAGAGUAGAGUCGUCUACCCCAACUCGACGACCUACGAGGAUCGUGUUGAAUCGAUCUGGUCGUUGGACGCAGCUCUAUCGCCCUGGUGCAUUGUCCUACCAGCAUCAACUGAAGAGACUGCAGCAGCCAUCAAGAUUAUCGACACCAAUGAGUGUCCGUUUGGCAUCCGUAGUGGUGGCCACGGAACGUUCACGAACUCGAACAAUAUCGAGGACGGUGUAACAAUUGACUUUGGUUAUAUGAAUUCUACAACCUAUGACCCAGCAACUAAUACCGCCUCUCUCCAACCAGGUGGCAGGUGGGGUUCUGUCUACAAGGCAUUAGAACCAUACGGCGUGUCAGUCGCUGGCGGGCGACAAAACCCCGUCGGAGUCGCCGGCUUUCUACUGGGCGGCGGCAAUUCCUACUACAACAAUGCGCACGGAUGGGGCUGCGACACAGUCAAAAACUUUGAGGUCGUACUUGCCGACGGGCGGGUAGUCAAUGCCAACGCAGCAGAGCACCGCGACCUGUGGAUCGCGCUCAAGGGCGGCACCGGCAACUUUGGGCUGGUAACGCGGUUUGACGUUGAAGCUAUCGCCUAUGCCGACCCAUUUGAUCCAGUAUUUUGGUGUGGUACACUGUCCUGGGGCAAGAAUAUGUCGGAUAGUGUGAUUGACGUCCUGGUCGAAUUUGCGGACAAUGCACCGAAUGAUAUCCGCAGCACCUCGCAUUGCCUCAUCCCGUACUUACCCGUUGGCGGCUGGACACUCGUCUGCGCGCUCGUAAACAUUGAUAAUAAGCCCACAGAACCAGCUUUUGAUGGCUGGAUGUCUAUACCCUCUCGUCUUGGGUCGACAAUGCGACACGAUACAAUGUGGAGCAUUGCCGAGGAGGCCUCGGGACCCGGCGGAGCUCAUAAUUUCAACAUCCCUUGCGCCGUCAGGAACGACCCUAGGAUUCUGAAAUACAUCUUUAAGCGGCACGAGGAGCUUGUGAAGCAAGUUACCGAGACCGUUCCGCCUGACACAGUUUGGUAUAGCCUACUACAAUUUCAACCUAUCACAGUACCAAUGGUAGCACAUGGCAAAGGACUCAACGCCCUUGGCCUCGAGGACGAGAUAGCUACGGGCCCCGGGAUUAUGAGUAGCAUAACAAUGCAGAUGGCUACGCCUGAGCUUGAAGCUAUAAUGUAUACGCUUGCGCUGAAAUGCCAGACAGACAUCGAAGAGUACGCCGCGUCGAUGAAUGGGUUGUGGGAAUGGAGGUACCUUAACUACGCUGAUCUCACUUAUGAUCCGAUUGCGAGCUAUGGAAAGGAGUCUGUUGAGAAACUUCGUGAAGUUUCUCAUCAGUACGAUCCGAAGGGUGUGUUCCAAUACUUACGCAAGUCAGGGUUCAAAAUUCCCAAGUGAAUCAAAAUGAAGGAUAUCUCCGUAGGUUCUUCUAGGUUAGCGCUCUGGAACAGGACUUUGGUGCUAACGCGACGAUAUCUUCUCGUACGCACAAUAGCAAAGACUCUUGUUUUAACAAGAAUAAGUCUAUCUCUAAGAGACACCCUAUUGUGCAUCCUUGACCACCUAACGUACCCUUAGUGAUCUUUACAUUUCCAUAACGAUUAAUGCUCUGAUUAAUUUUCGAGUUAAAUAUUUUCUUAAUAAAAUUAAACUUUGUUUUCAG